AUGGCGUGCCUGGGUUUCCUCCUCCUCCUCGCCAGCACUGUGGCCCAGGGGGAGUACGGUGUGGUCCACGUGGUGUCGGAGAACUGGAGCAAGGACUACUGCAUCCUCUUCAGCUCCGACUACAUCACCCUACCCCGAGACCUGAGCCACGCCCCACUCCUGCCCCUGUAUGAUGGCACCAUGGCACCCUGGUGCCCGGGCGAGGAGGACUCCUUCCACCAGGCCCAGCCCAGCUCCCCCAGCCAGCGGCCCCUCCGCCACACCACUGCCAUGGUCAUGAGGGGCAACUGCAGCUUCUACGCUAAGGGCUGGCUGGCUCAGGGCCAAGGUGCCCACGGGCUGCUCAUCGUGAGCCAGGUCAGCAGCCACCAGUGCUCAGACACCACCCCGGCGUCCCAGGACUCCCACCAGCCCCUGCCAGACCUCACCAUCCCAGUGGCCGUGCUCCGCUACACUGACAUGCUUGACAUCUUCAGCCACAUCCGUGAUGGCGCCGUCGUCCGUGUGGCCUUAUAUGCGCCCCCAGAGCCCAUCCUUGACUACAACAUGGUGGUCAUCUUCGUCCUGGCAGUAGGCACUGUGGCCAUGGGCGGCUACUGGGCCGGCAUGACUGAGGCUGACCGGCAGCAGCGGCACCGGGCCCGAGGAGGAGGGGGGCCUGGUGGUCACCAUCAGCAGCAAGCAGUUGCAGCCCAGGGAGGGCAGGAGGAAGAAGAGGACGCCCCAGUGGACUUCACGCCGGCCAUGACGGGCACAGUGGUCACCAUGUCCUGCUCCAUCAUGCUGCUACUCUACUUCUUCUACGACUGCUUUGUCUACGUCAUGAUCGCCAUCUUCGGCCUGGGCGCAGGCACCGGCCUCUACAGCUGCUUGGCACCCCUGGUGUGCCAGCUGCCCCUGCAGCAACACCAGUGGCUCCUGCCUGGCCGCCAGGCCCGUCUGCAGCUGGCCCUGAUGCUGCUGGCCAGCCUGUGCACAGUGGUGACCAUCCUCUGGGUGGCCUACCGCAACGAGGACCGCUGGGCAUGGCUCCUGCAGGACACGCUGGGCGUGGCCUACUGCCUUUUCAUCCUGCAGCGCGUGCGGCUGCCCACACUCAAGAACUGCACCUCCUUCCUGCUGGGCCUGCUGGCCUUUGACGUCUUCUUUGUCUUCGUCACGCCCCUCCUCACCAGGACUGGCGAGAGUGUCAUGGUGGAGGUGGCCUCGGGCCCGGCAGAUUCCUUGAGCCAUGAGAGGCUGCCCAUGGUGCUCAAAGUGCCACAGCUGAGCUUCUCAGCCUUGACCCUGUGUGACCAGCCCUUCUCCAUCCUUGGCUUCGGUGACAUCGUGGUCCCAGGCUUUCUGGUGGCCUACUGUCACCGCUUCGAUAUGCAGAUCAGCUCACGCCAGGUCUACUUCAUGGCCUGCACAGUGGCUUAUGCCGUGGGCCUGCUGGUCACUUUUGUUGCCAUGGUCUUCAUGCAGAUGGGCCAGCCUGCCUUGCUCUAUCUGGUGUCCAGCACGCUGCUCACCAGCCUGGCCGUGGCUGCCUGCCGCCGGGAGCUCACCCUCUUCUGGACUGGCCAGGGCAGAGCCAAGAUGCCUGCCCGGCCUGUGGCAGGGCUCUGCGGUGCCCCCUCUGUUGGCUCUGAGCAGAAGCAGGGGGAUGCAGCAGAUGUCCACACAGUCAGCAAGUUUGAGGGGGCCACCAGCCACCUGUCAGGGGAUUUAGACAGCAACCUUGAGGAGGACACAGCUGAGAUUGUCACCAUAUCUGAGGAUGAAGCCACCAGCCCAGAGAGCCACAGUGAUAGCUCUGAGGGCUGGAGUGAUGCCAAUCUGGAUCCUGAUGAGCUGCCUUGUGCCUCCCCUGGGGCCUCGGAGGAGCUGAUAUCAGUAAUGCCGAUGGCCAUGCUGAUACCACUGAUACCACUAAUGCCUCCGCCCUCGGAGCUGGGCCAUGCCCAUGCCCAGGCCCAGGCCCACGAUGCCGGCCUGCCCUGGAUGGGGUUCCACAAGAGGAAAGGCUUAAAGAUAAAGAAAAGUAUGUCGACUCAGUCCCCCUUGUGA